AUGAAGCAAAGAGGUUAUGAGGAGAAAAAAAGAAAAUACCAGAAACCACCUCAGGAGAAAAAAGCUCUCCAAUAUGAUAAAACUCCAGUUACUGAAGCAUUUGAAAAAUAUGCAAUGGAAUUGAAUUCAAAGCAAGAUAAAUCCGAAAGAAUUGUAAAACUUAGCAGAGAUGUAACUAUUGCAAGUAAACGUGCCAUAUUUUCUCUUCAUGCUUUAAUGAGAUCAGGUAAUUAUGAAGAAGAUUUGGCAAAAAUUACUGAAACUUUGGAAACAGUAAGAGAAAGUCUUCUAAAAAAUAUAGCAUUUGAACUCGCUGGUGAUGACCCCUAUCAGUUUUGCAGGAAUUAUACUGCAGGUCUUCAAGAGUAUAUUGAAGCUGUAACAUUUUACCAUUUCAUAACUAAAGGUGGACUAUUUAACAUUGAUGUAAUUCAAAAUGAAUUAACAUUUGAAAAAAAAGUUAUGGAUCAAGGGGAGCCACCUCAAGAGAAAGUACCACUUCUUGUAUCUUUCUUUGACUAUAUUCUCGGCGUACAGGACCUCACUGGUGAAGUAAUGAGGCAUUGCAUUAAUAGCUUUAGCGCUCGUAAUUUAGAAGCAGGAAACAAAGAUUGUAAUUUCGUCAAAAGUCUCUAUACAGGAAUGCUAUUGUUGAAUUCAUACAGAAAUAUGCAUGGAAUGCAAGGGAGAGAUUUCAUGAAAAAAAUGUCUGUUACCCUUCAAUCAUUAAAAAAAAUGGAAAUGGCUUGCUAUGCUGCACAUAUUCGGGGAUCAGAAGCCCUCGACUUUGGAUUUAAUACAGAAGAAUUUGAAAGUUAUAAUUUUGGAGAUUAGUCUGUAAUAUACGAUUACAACUAUUUUUUAAAUAUUGUUAAGGCAAUGUGGUCUAUUAUUUUGUAUUUAAUCAUUUUUUUUAUUUUUGUAUAUAUACUCUCUCGCUGGUUUUUAUUGAUUGGUUUAUUUUCUAGGUAUUGCUUUGUAAAUAUUUUUUUUAUCUAACUCAUACAAGAAAAAGAAAGUUCUUAUUUUGAAAUUCAAAACAUUCAUUUUAUUUACUUUGAUCAUGAUAUAAUUAACUCAAAAAUAUAGAAGUUUUGGUUAAUGAAAAUAAAAAUGUGUGUAUGGAACAAAACCGUCAGUAUCUUGGUUGAUGAUUUGUUAAGAUUUAUGUUUUGGUGUCUCAUGCAAUUUCAUUUGUACUAUGCAAAAAAUAACUAACAUACAAUCUCCAUUUUCCUUUUUAUACUGUUCUUGGAAUACCACUCUAAAAUAAUUUUAUUUUUAAGUUUUGAUGAACCAAUCCUCAACUCUUAACUCAAUUUUUUCCAGUUUGAUCCAGAUAAAACAGCAAUUUGAUUCCUUUUAUUUAUUUUUUAAAGUGAUAUCUAAAGAAUCAUAAUUUAAUGAAUAUUUCAUUGUUGUCUUAUAUAUAAUACAAUAAACGUUCCUUAUUUAUAUGUUCUAUUUUUUGUUUACUUUUCUG